GAGAGAGAGAGAGAGAGAGAGAGAACGCCGGCCGGCCCUCCGCCGCCUUCCCCGUGCAGGCAGGCGAGUCCUCCCCCUCCUCCGUCCCCGGUUUCUCACCGUUGAGCUAUCUCGGAGGGGAGGGCUAGCUCUGGGUGCGUGGAUGGCGGGGGAGGAGGCAGGUGGAGGCCAGGCGCGCGUCCCCGGAAGCGUUGCACGUACUGACUUCCGCGCGCCGGCGACGCUCGAGCAAGGAAGCGGGAGUGGGCGCCGGCGGCCACUCGGCGAAGGAGAAGGUGAAGCUGCCUAGAAGUUCAGCUGACUGGUUCGUGAUAGUAUGCAACUCACUUCAGGCAACUUCCUAGAAGUUUUCGCCAAUCCACAUUCUCUGCAUUUUCCUGGAAUACUGGUAGUCAGGCGUGUAACCUCCUGGUAGGAUUGAUUGACACUUGGAGCACAAUGCAGUUUUCGCCAAUCCACAUUCUCUGCAUUUUCUUGGGAUACUGGUAGUCAGGCGCACCAAUAGAAUAAGUCCAAGCGGGGGCGACAUGCAUGAACCAGUUCUGGCACAACGGUUGGACAUCGUCACAAGGAUAGUCAAGUUUAGGCAUCGUUCACAUGAUAGAUCAAUACUCAAGUUCAUGAAUUCCACUUCUAUAUACAUUGCUGCUUUGCAAUGAACAGCCUCUGCCCAUACCACUUGACAUCUUCUCCCGUAUCCUGAAGCCUCACACACAGUGCAUAGGACUAUUCGGAUUGCUUGAUUGUGGGAAGAAGAUCCCACUACCAAUGGAGAGGGUGAUGGUGAGCGCUGUGACAGGAGUGAUUUCACCACUCCUGCGCAAGCUCACGGCCUUGCUGGAGAAGAAGUACAAGCUGUCCAAAGAUGUGAAGAAGGAGAUCACCUCUUUGAAAGAUGAGAUGAGCUCUAUGAGUGCUCUGCUCGUGACGCUGUCUAGGACCGAGGAGCUCGAUGAGCAACAGAAGGACUGGCGUGACAAGGUCCGUGAGCUGUCUUAUGGUAUGGAAGACUGCAUCGACAUAUUCAUGAAUGAUCUUGAUAGUGCUGAUGCCAAGGCUGGGCUUUUGGGUGGACUAAAGAAGCUCAAGGCUCACUACAAGAUUGCUAACAGGAUCGAAGAACUGAAGGCAAAGGUCUUGGAAGCAAGCGAUCGUCACAAUAGAUAUAAGCUUGAUGAGCAUGUUGGUUCUUCUCGGGGCCCUGAAGCUAUUGACCCUCGUGUACAGGCACUCUACACCGAGGCCAGUAGCCUUGUAGGCAUAGAUCGCCCAAAGGACAAGCUUAUCGAGUUGCUGAUGAUGGAGGAGAAUGCACCACAACUUCAUGUGGUAUCAGUUGUUGGAUUUGGAGGCAUGGGCAAGACAACUCUUGCCAAACAAGUUCAUGAUAAAAUCAAAAGCCAAUUUGAUUGUACAGCCUUUGUAUCGGUGUCUCAAAAUCCCAAUCUUGUCAAGGUAUUGUCAGAUAUACUCUCUGGAGUUUGGGGGCAGGUGCCUUCUUUCCUGAAUGAUGAGCGCCAACUGAUCGACAAACUCAGGGAAGUUCUCCAAAACAAAAGAUACCUUAUCGUGAUUGAUGAUAUAUGGGCAAUGGAAGCAUGGAACAUUAUUAAAUGUUCUUUCAUGGAGAAUAAUCGUGGUAGUAGAGUUAUAAUUACUACACGUAUUGAAGAUGUAGCUCAUGCAUGCUGUUCUUGUUUCCAUGGCCAUGUCUACAACAUCAAACCUCUUAAUGAUCUUGACUCAAGGAGAUUAUUCCAUAGAAGGAUUUUCCCCUUUGAAGAUGCUUGUCCUGAGAAACUAACAAAUGUUUCUGAUGAAAUUCUAAAGAAAUGUCAAGGGGUUCCACUAGCCAUACUGAGUGUAGCCAGCCUUUUGGCUAAUCAUAAGGAGGUAAAUUCAAAGGAAUUCUGGGAAAGGAUACAAAAUUAUUUAAGUUUACAAUUGGAAGGAAACCCUGCUUUAGAAUGGAUGCGACAUGUCCUUAAUCUUGGAUACAACUAUUUAUCUCUGGAUCUUAAGACCUGCAUGCUAUAUCUCGGGAUAUUUCCUGAAGAUUAUGAAAUAAGAAAGGAUGAUUUGGUUAAGAGGUGGAUCGCCGAGGGUUUUGUGGGUCUAGAGGAGAUUGCAGAAAAUUAUUUUAGUGAGCUCAUCAAUAAAAACAUGAUCCAAAUAGCCGAGUUUGAUGAUUGUGGGAAUGUGUUGUCUUGUCGAGUGCAUGAUCUAAUGCUUGACUUUAUCAUACUGAAGUCCACAGAAGAAAACUUUUUCACUGUAACUAAGGAAUUCCCUGUAAUUCAUGAUCCACAUACCAUGAAAGGCUCCAUGGAAGUUCGCCGACUGUCCCUCCAACUCAGAAAUACAGAAUGCAAUCAUGUGCUAGGGAACAUUGCUCUGGCCCAAGUUAGGUCAUUUAACUUUUGGGGCCCUGGUCAAUGUAUGCCUUCUCUCUCGAGGUUUCAACUUGUGAGAGUUCUACAUCUUGAUGUGUAUGAUUCCAAGGAAGAGCAGUAUGAUCUGCCUUCGAUACGCAGUUUGUUCCUACUGACAUAUUUGAGGAUCAGAGGUUUGAAGUGUGAUGAACUGCUAAAACAAUUGCAAACACUGAAACAUUUGAAGUCAUUGGAGAUAGUCGGUGGAGGAAAUCGUGGAGAGCUAGAUGUUCGCUACUUACCCUCAAUGUUGUGGCAUCUCAUUGUUCCUAAAAAUUUGACUUUGUUCGGUGAGAUUGGCAGGAUGGAAGCCCUCCGUACUCUGUAUCAACCCUUCAUUAUACAUGUGGAGAUCUUGAAGGGACUCGGUAAUCUGAAGAACUUAAGGGAGUUAAAGCUAUAUCUCUUUGGAUUCAGUGAUUUUGAAGAUGCCCUACUCCCUUCACUCUGUAGGCUCGACAGCCUUCGAUCCCUAACCACCGAUGGGUACACCUUAGGAUAUGAUUGUUUGACUUAUUGGAACCCACCUCCGCGCCAUCUUCAUAGACUGCAUGUACUGAACUGCCCCUUCUCCGUGGUCCCAGAUUGGAUUUUGCAACUCGAAAAUCUCAAAAGCUUGGAGAUGCAACUCGUGUCACUGCCAAGGGUUGGUGUCGAGGUUCUUGCCAGUCUGACCUCGCUGGUGCACCUUAUACUGCGUGUCAGGGGCAGUGUAAGGGAUCAUGCUCCCGAAGAAGACAUGGUUAUUGUCCGUGGUGCGACAUUCCCAAACCUCAAGAAUCUUGUCUUUGCGUAUGAAGUGCCCUGCCUUACAUUCGAGGCAGGCGCCACGCCAAGGCUUCAGAACCUCACUAUAGAGUGUUGUGCACAAGCAGUGCGUCAAGCCGAUGGUGUACUCAAUGGCAUCGAGCACCUAGGGAGUCUCAGGGCGUGCAAGGUGCAUAUUUACAAGUGGGUCAGUCUCUUCAGAGAGAGUUUUGAUAGGUUUGCUGCUGUGGCACAAGGAGGGGAACACGUAUUUCAGGAGGAGGCUCCACACAUGCAGGUGCAGAGUCUCCGGGCUGCGAUCAGCGAGGCGAUCAACAAGCACCCGGGAAAUCCCAGUGUCAGCAUUGUAACUUUUUGAUAGUGCAAUCAAGCGAAGGAGAUGGGAGGAAGCAUCCAAGUCAAAAUGGUGCUGUUCUUGUGUAUCAACUGGUUGCGAUGUGAGCAGAUGGAAGCUGGGCCCAAGUGUUUGGAGUGUUGGGCUGCAGUACAAGGAGCAAAAGGAAGCUGAUGUGGUGUUACGAGGGAGUUUAUGUCCCAAUCUGAAUGAUGAUUAUGUAAUGUGUAAUAAUCUUUCUCGUGUUAAGUUGAUAUGGUGUGGUCUAUCAUGUGUUGAGCUUGUAAUUCUUUACAGCUACUACUAUGGCACUAAUAGACAUUGGGUUGUGUGCCUUGUACUGCAGCCCAAGAGGAUUUUUUCA